CACGAUCAGUCUUCGGUUAACAUUUGUUCGUUGCGGUUGAGAGUUAUUGAAAAAAAUGAUCAAUACAUGAUUCGUUGUUUGUUUUGAUUUUUUUUGUUUAUAAAUUUUUAAAAUUAUAUUUUUAGUUUAUAUUUAAAAUUAACCAAAAAAAAAGGUCUAACUGCGGGAAUACUAAAGUUUUAUGAUCGUUGUCGUCAUCGUUCAUGAUCUUGCACAUGGUCGUCGUUGUCGUAGUUGUUGUUACUUUGAGUUUUUCCUCUCGAUUCAUAUUAUAGCGGCGGCAUCGUCAUCGACUUGAGAGAUUCAGUACACACAUCUUUUCUCUUCCAACUUCAUUAUCUUUUUUUGCCUUUAGAAAAUUUUCAAAAACCAAAGGAUAUACGAAAAUAGAUUUUUGGCGACGAAGGCGUCUUCGUCGUCGUUGUCGGUCGUCGACGGUACAUAUAUGCGAUUUUUUUUGUCGUUGUCUUAGAUUGGAUCUGCGUUUGGUCCAAAACGACACGACGCGUUUUUUUGGCACGAUCACUCGCUCGUUGUGUGUGAUCGAAUUUUUGUUUUAUUUUAUUUUUUUCAUUUGUGGUUGAAAAAAAAGGAUCAUUGUUAUAGGAUCCUUAUUGGAGCAAAUAUGCGUUUUCACAAUGAAAAUCAAAUGUGAUCGAGUGUUUUUGAAGUUUCUGUGGUUUUUGAAGUUUUGAAAAAAAGAUAAAGUUCAAAUUUUGAAAUACCAGUGCCCAAUAUUUUUAAAUUUUUGAAAUAAAAUGUGCCCUUUUCGAGUGGCCUUAGUUGCCACAAUUUUAAUUUCCCUGUGUUAUGCCAAAAGUUCCCCAGCGGAAUUUCUCAAAAGUUACGAUCAUGAUCGUAUUGUGGAUUACGAUGAUCAUGAAUCGGAUAUUGUCUCCUGGACGGGUGUUAAGAUUUCGAGUAAAAAAUCAACUACACAUUAUAGAAAAACUUCGGUGAAAAAAACCAAAAGUGGAUUAACCAUCGAACGGAAUUUUCCAACAGGAUUAGCUGGCGAUGGUGAUGAUGGAGGCGGCGGUGGCGGUAAUGGAAGUAGUCAGGAAUUGUUGCUGCUGCCACAACAUCCGCCUCCUUUGGCAGCAACAAUUUUAGCCUCAUCAUCAUCAUCAACAACAUCAACGUCAUCGAACAGUAAUGGUUCUGGUAGGAAAAGGAACCAACGAAAGCGUGGACGAGGUCAACGUCAGAAAAUGAAUAAAAAUGCUCUUCGGCUACUCUCCGGACAGACAGAAACCAUCGAAGGUGGCGGAGCAUUUCCGCCACUGUUUAAUGUCGCGCCCAGAGCCUCGAUCACCGUCAAUGCAACCUGUGGCCAAAAUGGACGCGAAGAGUUCUGCAAAUUAGUCGAUGCCUACCCGCAUAAAAAUUGGUCUACGCAAUGUGGCAUCUGCAAUGCGCAGUCCUCAGACCCGGCCAAACAGCAUCCAAUCGAGGCGAUCCUAAACAAUGGCAAUGUGGAUGAACGAUGGUGGCAGAGCCCUACGUUACAGUAUGGAAGGCAUUUCGAGUAUGUCACCAUAACAAUGGAUCUAAAGCAGGUCUAUGAGGUGUUCUUUGUUAUGUUGAAAUCAGCCAAUUCCCCUCGACCGGCUUCGUGGAUUCUAGAGAAGUCUCUCGAUGAUAUCAACUACCAGCCAUGGCAGUACUUUGGAUUGAGCGAUGCCGACUGUCGACGGCGGUAUGGAGUUCCCGGACAAAAUGGCAAAUACAUGUUUACCAAUGACACCGAAGUCAUCUGUACCACACAAUUCUCGAAAGCUUUGCCUCUGGAAAACGGAGAGUUGCAUGUUUCGUUGUUGAAAAACCGCCCGGGUGCCAUGGAACAAUCUGCAGAGUUGAUGGACUUCAUUUCAGCUCGCUAUAUUCGAAUAAGAUUUCAGGGAAUGCAUUCCACAGCGAAUCUCGAUAAUAGUGUCGAUUGGUUGUUGGAUGCUCAGUCGCUGGAAAAGAGGAGUUUCUAUUCGUUAAAGCAAAUCCGUUUAAGUGCGAGAUUGAGCUGUCAUGGUCAUGCAGAAAAGACUAUCGAAGUAGCUUCGGGGGUGGAUCCCAAGGAGACAUCAUUUGAAUGUGCUUGCUUACAUAAUACUUGUGGAUCAGAUUGUGGAUCUUGCUGUCCACUUUUUCAAGAUAAGCCCUUUAAGAAUGGAACUGCUCGCAAGGAGAAUGCCUGUGAGAUCUGUUUGUGCAAUGGUCAUGCGACGAUGUGUGAGUAUGAUGAGUUCCUGGGACGAGGGAUCUGCCAGGAUUGUCGCAAUAACACAGCUGGAAAUGAAUGCGAGUUCUGUCGAACUGGGUUCUUUCGUCCAAAAGAGGCUUCCUUGGAUAGCCCGUGUGAAGAGUGUCAAUGUUAUGAACUGGGAUCGAUAGGGUGUCACGCUAUCGGUGGAGGCUGUAUUUGUAAAGAUGGGUUCCAGGGUGAACUCUGUGGGGAAUGCGCACCUGGUCAUCAUGGGGAAAACUGCACACGAUGCUCUUGCGAUUCGAGAGGAUCCCUUCCAGGAGCAGAGUGUGAAGACAGUUGCAUUUGCAAGUUGAAUGUGGAAGGUGAUUCCUGCACUCAGUGCAAACUUGGUUAUUUCGGUCUCUCUGCUGAGAAUCCUGAUGGAUGUAUGAAAUGCUUCUGUUCUGGAGUAGGAUUCUCCUGCUCCAGUGCCAAUAUGCAAACUUUGUCCUUCGAAACAUUGAAUGAUUGGAAAAUCACUGAUAUAUCCCGAAGUCAAGUAUUCUAUCCCAACAUCGAUGUGGAAACUGGGAACCUAGUCUAUGGAAUGUACGAUAUGAGGGAUAUUGACACCCUCUACUGGAUGGCUCCAGUUGGAUACACAGGGAACAAGCUCACGUCAUAUGGCUCAAGGAUUUCUUUACAUGUUUCUUGGGUGUUCAUACGAGGUGACACAAGUGGCCAUCCCACUUCUUCUCCAAAUGUCAUUAUAUUUGGACGAAAUGGAGUGAAAAUAGCUUUCGGCGAGAAGGAAUACGAUUCCGAUUCGGUGGUUAUGGAUGUGAUACUCAAAGAAGACAAUUGGUAUCAUCUGGAGAAUGUCCCUGGUCAUUAUCGAGGACAACCAGUGUCAAGAAGUGAAUUUAUGUCAAUUCUAGUCGAUGUGGAAUCUAUUCUCAUUCGUGGAUUCUUUCAUACCGAUCAAGUGGAAACUAUUCUCGAAAGAGCCACAAUCUACACUGGGGGCACAGAAUUGGGUGCAAAAUCCACAAAUCUCAUCGAAGAAUGCAUCUGUCCACCAGGAUACACAGGAUACUCGUGUGAAAACUGUGAAUUUGGUUAUAUUCGUGUGGAUGAGGGUGGCAAUUCAUCAUCCAAAUGUAUUCCAUGUCCAUGCAAUGGGCAUUCCAAUUCGUGUGACCUUCAAAAUGGCAAUUGUGGUGAAUGCAUGCAUAAUACAUUCGGAGAGAGAUGUGAACGUUGUAAGGUUGGAUUCUAUGGUAAUCCAAUGCAUGGAACUCCGAAUGAUUGCCGACGAUGUGGUUGCCCCCUAACGGUGGAUAGUAAUAACUUCUCACCCAGCUGUCAAUUGAAGAAACUAAGCCUGGACUUGAACCACUUCGAUGUUGAUGAUUCGGAGUAUGUUUGUACACAAUGUCCGAGUGGUUACACGGGCGAUCAUUGUGAGAUGUGUGAUGAUGGUUAUUAUGGGAAGCCCACAGAAAUUGGAUCACAGUGUCUGCCAUGUCCAUGCGAUGGUGGUCCAUGUGACAUAUUCACAGGGAAAUGCAUAACCUGCAGUGGCAACACCGAAGGCUGGCAUUGUGAACGUUGUAAAAUGGGUUAUUGGGGCGAUCCAGCUGUCGGAUGUGAAUCAUGUGAUUGCUAUGCCGAAGGAUCAGAUUCAGAUGUCUGCGAUAGUGUCAACGGACAGUGCCUGUGUAAGCCUCGUUUUGGCGGUCAGAAAUGCGAUGAAUGUGAAGUUGGCUUUGCUGAUGUGGAUCUUAUGUGUCCGCCGUGCGAAUGUGACUUAAAUGGAUCGCACAAUGAUAUCUGUGAUCCGUUUAGUGGACAGUGUAACUGUAAAAUUGGUGUAACAGGACUGAAGUGCGACGAGUGUGCUGAUGAAUAUUUUGGACUUGAAGAAGACGGUUGCGAAGAAUGCCUUUGCAAUCCAAUUGGAGCAAUAACUUUAAUUUGCGAAAAACGUUCAGGCCAAUGCCCAUGUCUGUCCAAUGUCACCGGAAGACGCUGUGAUAAAUGCCGUCCGGGUCAUUGGAACCUCACAGCUGGCAAUGGUUGUUUCGACUGCCGAUGUGACCCAGUCGGAUCUAGAGGCAGCGAAUGCAACCCCUGGACUGGACAAUGUGAUUGCAAGAUCGGCAUUAGCGGUCAACGCUGUGAUCAGUGUCAAGAGGGAUUCUAUGGAUUUACAAAUGACGGUUGCAUUCGCUGUGAUCCUUGCCCGGUGGAGGGUCAAGUGUGUGAUCCUUUCAAUGGGAGAUGCAUCUGCCCACCGAACAGUCGAGGUCUACGCUGUUCACAAUGUGUCCCGGGAACAUGGGGCUGGCAGAGUAGAGUCGGUUGUAUAAAUUGCGACUGUGACAUGAUCGGUUCGAUUGGACAAGUGUGUGAUGCAGUUUCGGGACAAUGUGUCUGUCGAGAAGGAUAUUCGGGGAGAAAAUGUGAAACCUGUGCAGUUGGGUAUUUCGGAUAUCCAGAAUGUCGUCGUUGUAAUUGUGAUCUUCAUGGAUCUUUCAUGCGACCAGAUGGUCUAAUUGCAUGUGACACAAAUGGUCAGUGUCCAUGCAAGUCCUUGGUAAUUGGACUUAAGUGUGACACAUGUCGACAGGGAACAUUCGGUUUGUCAAAUCUGAAUCCCGAAGGUUGUACGCGAUGUUUCUGCUUUGGUCGAUCUGAUCAGUGCGCCCAAAGUGAAUGGUCAUGGGGACAUAUUCGAAUGCCGGGUGCAAGGAAUUUGAGUAUUCAAUACAUGCAUCCAUCUUCAGUGCCAAAUAGUGAAUUUGAGUAUAUUGUGAUCAUUCAAAUGGAAGGCAGCAAAUCCUACCGUGAAGAUGCCGAACUAAGCACAAUGAACAAUUUGAAUUUGAUACCAAAAUCUACAGGAAACAUCUCCAUUGGAGCCUAUACAACUUUCUAUUAUCCUCUCUACUUUCAACUUCCUCCACAAUUUUAUGGCGAUCGAACCAGUAGUUAUGGCGGGAAUCUAGUUUACACGCUCCUCACCGAUGGUGGAGGCAAUUGUCUGGACAGAAAGAUCCUUCUUCAAUUUCCUUUAGUACAAAUUCACGCACAUUCAAGGCUAAUUCUGGAUUUCUUUGAAUAUGAAGAUAGGAUCUAUACGAACAAUGAUACUUUUAGUGUACCGUUGCAUGAGUCUUAUUGGAAGCUUCAUCAAAAUGGGCACGAUGUAGAUAGAUCGACUAUGAUGGCUGCAUUGCAGAAUAUCAAACAUAUCUUUCUGAGAGGAACAACGACAAUGGACUUUGUACAAGUAAUUAUUCAAAAUGUCCAUAUGGACACUGCAAUUUAUGUUUAUGGAUCGACUAAUAUGAUCGCCAAAGGUGUCGAACGGUGCAAAUGCCCGAAAAUGUACGAAGGCUUGUCAUGUCAAGACCCUGGUGCCGGCUAUUAUCGAUGGAAGAAUACCACCGAAAUUCAAAGCACGUUUAUUGAAGAUCUGAUUGGACGGGCUGCUCCGUGUCAUUGCAAUGGAAGAAGUAACGAAUGUGAUCGUGAAACUGGAGUUUGUUUGAACUGUCGGGGUAAUACUGGUGGCGAUCACUGUGAUCGUUGUGCGGAGGGCUUCUAUGGCGAUCCGAAUAUUGGAAGUUGUCGAUCUUGUCCCUGUCCAGAGACUAGUCGGAACUUUGCCAAAGGCUGCACCGUGUGGAAUGGUGAAGUUAGCUGUAUCUGUCGACCUGGUUAUACUGGAGCCUUGUGUGAUCGCUGUAGAGCUGGUUUCUUUGGAUCUCCAAGAUCGAUCAAUGGAACUUGUCGAUCUUGUGAUUGUAACCCUGAUGGUAUUGCCGUCGAUGAAUGUAAUGAAGAAACUGGUCAAUGUCACUGUCGGCCAGGAGUUACCGGUCGCAGGUGUGAUGUUUGUGUAGCCGAGAGGCAUUUCCUUGAAGAUCGUCGGUGUAAACUCUGUGAUAAUUGCACUUUACAACUUUUGGACUAUGUGGACCUUAUUGGCCAUAAACUACGGCGAGGUAUGGCUCAUAUGGACUUGACUGGCAUCCCAGCUCCAUGGUUAAAACUUGACGAAUAUGAGGAAAAUCGAUUAGAUGUGACAGAUGAGUUACAAGACUAUACCGAUGCUAAGCGAAUGAUGCUUAACUACGACGACAAUACCUUACAAAAACUUGGUUCCUAUGCUGAGAACAAUAAGUUCCAAUCUCGAAAAGCUGCUGCAACUGGAGCUAAACGAACUGAAGCAGUGUCGAUUUUGAGAAAAGAAUCCACUGACCUAUUUUUAGAUAUCGGAAAUGUUCGAUCAAACAUUAUCGACACUAUUUUCGCUCUGAAUAAUUACGGAACCGAAGAUCAUCACAUGAGUUUGCCUCUGGUCUUGCAAGAAGCCCGCUACUAUCUGCAUCAAAUUCAGCAACAUGAUCAAUCGGUACAAAAUAUUCGUGGCAUUUGGUCGAAGGCUUCUGAUUUAUUCUAUUCCUGUGGCAAUGCUUCGGAUGCAGCUUUCGACUUGAAGGGUCGUUUAGAAAUGUUUAUGCGAGAUCUGAAUAAUACCAAUUAUCGACUUUCUGAUGCUCGAAUGUUUACUGAUAAAACCUUUGAAAUGCUGAAUGAAAUCGAUGAUAUUCAUGAGCAUAUUAUUAAUUUAAAAAGUUAUCUGGUUGAAGAUCAUGGACAGAUUAGGGAGCUUCAAACUGAAUUUGAUCAGUAUCAGAAUAAUGAUUUGGUUGCUGAAACUGAUACAUAUUUGGAUAUAAUCGAAGGGAAACAGGAGCAAUUGGAUGGAGAAAUUGAUACAAUGGAAAGAUUGGCGAGGUAUAUGAAUGAUACUUUGGAGGAGAAUGAUAAAAUUCGGAAGGAAGUUUUCAAACAUUGGUUGCCAAAGGCUCAAAAACAUGCUGCUCGAUUGAUUGAAAGGUCGAAUGAGUAUAUGAGACAGUUUCAACCAACGAAGAAUGGAGCUAGAAUUGCUCUGUUGGCAAGUUCUGCUCAUAAAAAUAUUUCCGAUGCAAUUUCUGCUGCACGAAGAUCUUCCCUAGAAGCUAAAGAAGGUGUUUCACAGGCACAAAACCAACUCUACCCGAAUGAUGGUAGUUCGGUCAUCGAACGGGCUAAGAUUUCCUUGGGGAAGUCAAAGCUUCUGCAGAAGGAUGCUCUUCGAGAAAUGGAAAAGGCCAAUGUCUUAAAAAUGAAGAUCAAAAUCCAUGAAGAUCAAGUUGAAGGCAUCAAAUCACGUAUUAUCGAUGCAGGUAUUCGAACAAAUAACAUUUCGUCAAUGCUUACAGCUAUUAAUUCGGGUGCUUCGAAAAAAAUGGCUUUGGAGAGUAUUGAAAUGGCUGCUAGAGUUUCGGAACAAAUGAAUGCAGAAAAUCGUAAAGCACUCGAUAUAAACGAUGAUAUUUUAAGACUUCGUGAGAAAUUCAAUUUGUUGGAACCUGAUUUUGCUAUAAAAUUGGGAAUGGCUGAAGAGAAUAUAUCACUGACAAAAACUAAUAUCCGAUUGGCUAAUAUAUCGUUGAAUUUUGUGGAGGAGCAAACAAUGAAGGCGCAUCAGAAGUUUGAAAUUUGGAAUGAUACCAUGUCGAAACAGAUGCAAGAGCUUAGGGAUAAGAUUGCAAAGGCAAGGCAUGCUGCUGAAGGGAUCAAAGUUUCGGUGGAAUCAGUGGGUCCAAAAUGUGUUCGAUCUUACCUUCCAUCGUCCUACGGACUGUCGACCUCAAAUUCCAUAAAACUUAGCUUCGCUUUAAACAAUACCAACGGCAACUCACCUCUGAUAUACAUCAAAGCUCGAGAUGGCAGAUACAUCUCUCUGGACCUUUACAAAAGACGUGUUCGUCUCAAAUGGAACUUGGGUGGUAGCACUGAAACAAUCACCCAUCCUCUAGAAAUCCAAACUCGUGAUCCACACUACGACGAUGCAUGGUAUCACAUCGAAGCCAAUCGCACUUUAAACAUUGGAAGCUUGUUAGUUCGUCGAAUGACCAAUCUCGGUACAUUGGCACCUUCAAUUCCCGUUACAGGUUCGACUGAUAUUGAAUAUACUCGAUUCUUCCGAACGAUAGCAGAUACAAUAUGGCUUGGUGGUUAUCCGCCAGAAGCUCAAAUGUCAGAUCCUUUAAUAGGAGAGGGUUUAAAUGUGAUCAUACAUCAGGUUGAAGUUGAUAAUAAACCAUUGGGUUUGUGGAAUUUCGCACAUUCUGAUGGUAAAUGUGGUGGAGCAAUGAUUGGGGCACAAGAAUCGGCUUCAAUGUCGAAUUCAAGAUAUUUCAAUGGUUUGGGUUAUGCUGAGGUGAAGAAAUCCCGACCACGACCGUAUCGGAAGAAUUUAUUUGCAUUGCAAAUGACUUUUAGGACAUUGGACGAGAAUGCUUUGUUAUUCUUGGCGGUUGACGAUAAAAAUAAUCGCUCAGUUUCAGUGACCUUGAGUCGUGGACGUAUUCUCUUCCGAAUUGACUAUGGCGAUGAAUCCAAGCUUGAAAUCAACACCACCAAGAAAUACAAUACUGGUCGAUGGGUCAAGAUUGAAGCAGCUAGAGAAUUUGUUCCCAAACGUGGAACAGAAAAUGGAAGCCUUCGAGUGAAUAAUGAUACACCAAUCACAGGAUCACCAACUGUGCCGAUCAAGAGUCAUAUGUUGCCUGAUUUGUCAAAGACAGUUUACUAUUUGGGAGGUGUUCCUCCAGGAUUCCGAUCAGGUUCCACAAAGGCUCCUGGAGCUGAUAAUCCCUUCAUGGGUUGUAUGAUGGAUGUUCAGAUCAAUGGAGAAACUUACGAUCCACUUGGUAGUUCAACAUACUUUGGAGUCGAACAGUCUUGCAAAGAUACUGUCACCAAAGCUGGCUUCACUGGGAACGGUUAUGUUGAGUUGACUUCCCAAUCCCUUCGCAAACGAUCAAAUACCGGUUUUGUAUUCCGGACUCUUCAGCCAAAUAGUCUCCUCUUACUGUCUGCUUAUCCACCAGAAGUAAGUGGCGAUUAUGAUGCCAAGGACAUCAAAGGCAACUAUUCAAUUAGUGUCCUCGACGGACUCAUCCAUGUUUGGAUAGAUUCUGGUCGAAGUCAGAUUAAGCUUGUAUCAAACUCCUCUGUCAACGAUGGAGAGUAUCAUGUUGUAAAUCUCAUCAAAAAUGGCCGAAAAUUCGAUCUAAUGGUCGAUGAUGAACUGCAAGACUCUAAAACACUAAUUGGCUCCCCCACAAUGGUUAGCAUGCCUCGCGAAGCAGGUGGUCUCUAUGUGGGUGGAGCUCCAGAAUAUACAGAGUAUAAACAAUUAGCGCCAACAUUAAUACCCCUAGAGGGUGCCAUACGCGAUAUUGUGUUCAAUAAUAAGACUGUCAAUUUUAAUCAAGCUUUAAGCUUUUCAAAUGUUCAAAUUGGACGAAAUGGUCCUCAGAUGGGUAGCGUCAAUGGAAUGUAUGAUGUUUUAAUGAAAACCGAACCAAUUGGCAAGAGUUUUACUGCAGCUCCUGAAGGAUGUCAAAGAGUUGGCAGUUAUUCCUACGAACCGAAUGCUUUUAAAUUCGGUGACAAUCAUCACAGCUAUUCCCAACUAAAUUUACAAGCUCGUAACUUUUGGCAACGGAAUUUCCACAUUGAAUUCGAUUUCCGUUCAUUCUAUCCGAAUGGUUUAAUCUUCCUAGCACCUGGUACAAAAGAAAAACAAAAACACUAUGUCAGUUUACUCCUUAAAGAUGGUCAUUUGCUGUUAAUUGUUCGUGGUCGUAGACGUGAAGAACUUCAAUUGACGGCAAAACUUAACAACGGUGAAUGGCAUCAUGUUAAUAUAAAUUGUCAAGAUCGAAAAGUUACAAUGAGUGUUGAAAUUGGUACAACAGAUCAAAAAACAUCAGCACAAAUGAAAGUUCCCAAAAAAAUUAGUGCAUCAUCAUCGAUUUAUGUUGGUGGUUUGCCAGAACAACCUGUGAAUGUGCCAAAUGAAUUGGCAUUGAAAUUGGAAGGUUUCAAGGGAUGUCUAAGAAAAAUGAAUAUAAAUGGAACAACACAGGAUUUGGCUAGACCUGGAAAGCAUUUGAAUGUUGGACAAUGCUUUCCCAAAGUCGAAAAGGGAUCGUAUUUUCCAGGCGAUGCUUAUGCGAUUUAUAAGAAAAACUUUCACGUUGGAAAAUAUUUGGAACUAGAAAUGGAAUUUCGAACUUCUGAGUUAAAUGGUAUCCUUCUCAGUGUAUCAGAACCAAAUGGAUUUCCAGCAUUGUCAUUAGAAAUUCACACAGGAAAUGUAAUUCUUUCAUGUGAUCUUGGCGAUGGUAACCCUUUCCGAGUCCAAUCGAUUCUUCCUUCGAAAUAUGCCAUUUGUGACAAUAAAUGGCACAACAUUUCCGCUUUGUAUGACUUUGAACAGAUAGCACUUCGGAUAGACAAUCAUCCGGCGAUUAUUUCAGUCGCCCAACACCGAGUUACUGGGAAGGUUCAAACAAAAUCCGCUCUCUACAUUGGCGGUGUUCCGGACAUUGCACCAAGUGGCACCCUAUUGACGAGAGAAAACUUCAAAGGAUGCAUACGAAAUGUUUCGAUUCGAAAUGAACGACGCGACUGGAUUGACAUGGAUGGCCUUCAUAAUGUUCUUUUAAGCGAAUGUUUAGUUGUGAAUUAAAAAAAAAAAUAAACUAUAAAAAAAAAAUCGCAACAACCAUUACGUUCCCACCAAAUGUGACGACACCCCGACUUAUAUAAUAAACUUUAUUGAUUCGAUUUGUCUGAAUCACUGCCAUAUACGCUUAAAAUUUAAGAAUUUAUUUUAAUUCAUCAAAAAACUUAAAUAAAUAAAAAAAUAAAACCAAUGACUGCCAUUUUUGAAAGAAAAAAAAAAAAAUCUACAUAAGCUUUGUUAAAAGUAGGCGCAUUUAAACAUACAUAAACACAUACAAACCAGUAACUGCAUUUUCUGUUUUCCAAAUGAUGUAGGUAAAAAUAUAGUUUUUUUUUUGUUUUGAAAACGAGUUGAGAUUGAAAAAAAAAAACAAAGCAAUAGUACACACAA